AUGGGAAUCCGGAGAAGAGAGAAAUCCCUAAUGACUGGAGCGUUAGGAAGAUAUCGCAGGAGACUGUCUAAGCUGACCAUGAAGUUGAGUAUUAUCUCAAUGGAGGUAGUUGAUGAGGUACUUGGUUCCUAUGGACAAGUAGACAUCCUGGAAAAGAGCUGUACUGGAACCACCAUACCAGCAACCCACACAAAAGGACUGCUAGCCAGAGGAUUAAAGAAAAGGACUGUUAGAAUUUUGGUAGCUGAAGGAGAUCUUGGUGGUAAAUUACUUACAAAUUUCUUACCAUUGAAAGGCCAGAAACGAGUAAUUCACCUUGAUCUAAAACUUAUAGCUGAUAUAGGCUUGGUGGGAUUCCCAAAUGCUGGAAAAUCGUCUUUGCUAAGUAGGAUUUCUCAUGCAAAACCUGCAGUUGCAGAUUAUGCAUUUACAACAUUAAAACCUGAACUUGGAAAAAUUGUGUAUAAUGAUUUCAAACAGAUAUCAGUAGCUGAUCUUCCUGAUUUAAUAGAAGGAGCACAUAUGAACAAAGGAAUGGGUCACAAAUUCCUCAAGCAUAUACAAAUAAUUAAACAACUACUUUUUGUUGUUGAUAUUUAUGGAUUUCAGCUUUCUUCCCAAACUCAAUACAGAACUGCCUUUGAAACCAUAAUACUGCUUUCAAAAGAGUUGGAGUUGUACAGAGAGGAACUUCAGCCAAAACCUGCACUGCUGGCAGUUAAUAAAAUGGACUUGCCAGAUGCUCAAGAUAAAUUCCAAGUACUGAUGAACCAACUCCAGAAUCCUAAAGAUUUUUUGCGUUUAUUUGAAAAAAACAUGAUUCCAGAGAGGACUGUGGAGUUCCAGCACAUCAUCCCCAUCUCUGCAGUUACUGGAGAAGGAAUGAAUGAAUUAAAGAACUGUAUAAGGAAAUCUCUGGAUGAACAUGCUGACCAGGAAAAUGAUGCAUUUCAUAAGAAGCAGUUGCUUAAUUUACAUAUUUCCCAUAUAUCUUAUAGUGAGCCACCAUCAAAGAAUGCUGUGACUAGUCCCAGAAUGGGUAGAACUUAAAUCUAUAAAAAGUAAUAUUGAAACUGUGUUCAUUUGGAAGCUUUUUCACAGACAUAUUUUUUAGAAGGUUAGUUGUUACUCAUCUGGCAUAUAUGCUGUCAUUCAAGAAACAUAUUU